UCUUGCCCAAAAGAAAGUCAACCCUGAGAUUCUAUAAUUACAAAUAUUCAGAACUAUAACGUCUCUCUUCGUCCCAAUUUGAUGUUUGUCUGAACUGUUCUUGUAGCUAGGGAUGGCAAGCGCCCUCGAGACGCUCUGUGGUCAAGUAGUUGGUGCAGGGAAACUGCACAUGCUGGGUAUCUACAUGCAAAGAUCAUGCAUCAUUACCUGCAUCACGGCCUUGCUUCUAACCCCUAUCUAUAUCUUUGUAUCACCAAUACUCCAAAUCCUUCGUCAAGACAAGCAUAUUUCUGAGGUUGCAGGGAAGUACUCUUUGUGGGUAAUUCCACAACUGUAUGCUUAUGCCUUAAACUUUCCUGUUCAAAAGUUCCUGCAAUCUCAAAGUAAAGUUUGGGUCAUGACCAUCAUCUCCUUAGUGGCUGUGGCAUUACAUGGUCUUCUGAAUUGGGUGUUCCUGUCAAAGCUUCAAUAUGGCCUUCUAGGUGCUGCCAUAGCCGGAAAUAUAUCAUGGUGGUUCUUGGUCGUGGCUCAAACAAUAUAUGUGGUCGGUGGUUACUUCCCACUGGCGUGGACUGGUUUCUCUAUGCUUGCUUUUAGGUCGCUGGCUAGCUUCGUGAAGCUGUCUCUGGCGUCAGGCAUUAUGUUAUGCUUGGAGCUAUGGUAUUACACAGCCGUUAUUCUCAUGGUGGGAAGCUUGAAGAAUCCAGAGAUUGCAGUUGACGCCGUAUCGAUCUGGUUAGACAUUUAUUCUUCCUCUUUUACUGGGAUCAUACUCAUGAAUUUGCAAAGCUGGGCUCUGAUGAUUGCCCUAGGCUUCAAUGCUUCUGUGAGCGUGCGAGUGUCCAAUGAACUCGGUGCCGGAGAUGCCAAAGCAGCAAAGUUCUCGGUACUGAUCAAUGUUUUCACAUCCACGGCAAUGGGGAUUCUCUUCACAGCAGUAGUAGCUGCAACAACGAGGGAGUUCCCCAAGAUAUUUACCAACCAAAAAGAAGUCAUAACAGAGACCUCGAAGCUCGGUUACUAUCUCGCGGCUACAGUCUUCCUCAAUAGCAUCCAACCAGUUCUUUACGGGGUGGCAGUUGGCGCAGGGUGGCAAUUUUUCAUUGCCAUAUUGAACAUUGUAUCAUACUAUGCUUUGGGGCUUCCAAUAGGAGCCUUGCUUGGAUACAAGCUCAAGCUUGGUGCACGUGGCAUUUGGAUCGGGAUGCUGAUUGGCUGUCUAAUACAGACUGUCCUGCUUCACUUUAUCAUCAUUCGAGCGGAUUGGCGAAAGGAGGCUCUGAAGGCCGAGAUACGAAUGAGAACAUUGGGCGGACCAUCGGAAUCUCUAGAGGCUAGAUCAGAACCCAAUGGUGUGGACCGUCCUCGCAGCUAA